AUGGUAGUCAUUUAUUAUUACUACAAGGGUUCAGAGGAACACAGUUUGUUUGAUGUAAACUUGUUUAUCCGGGUCCAGCCGGAUACAACCGCGAGGUCCGUGAAGCAGCCACCUGAAAAAACCAUAGGGGGAGAAAGGAGAGACCAAGCACGCAAGAAAGACAAAAUCAAUCUAAUAGUGUCAAGGCUCGUUUAUUGUGUGCAAGGGGCCAGGACUCUGAUAACAGUGGGACUAGGGGUUGCAGCCUUUGCAUUUGCAGGUCGCUAUGCAUUUCAGAUCUGGAAGCCUCUGGAACAAGUAAUCACAGAAACUGCAAAGAAAAUUCAAUCUCCUAGCCUUUCAUCCUACUAUAAAGGAGGAUUUGAACAGAAAAUGAGUAGGCGAGAAGCUAGUCUUAUUUUAGGCAUAAGCCCAUCUGCUGGCAAGGCCAAGAUUAGAACAGCUCACAGGAGAAUCAUGAUUUUGAAUCACCCAGAUAAAGGUGGAUCUCCCUAUUUAGCAACCAAAAUAAAUGAAGCAAAAGACUUGCUAGAAUCCAGCACCAAGCAGUGAUGCUCAAGGACUACUGUGACAGAAGAAAGUAGAACUUUAAAAAAAUGUAAUGAAGCCCUGCAAAAUUAAGCUACACCAUCGCUUGCUGAUCUACACAUUUACACCCUACUGCAUAACAGACUAAUUGUUCUGUUGUUGACCUUUUUGAAAAUAAAACAUGAAUUACAUGGU